UGGUGACGGACGAGCCGACCUGGCCGCUGUCCGCGUGAUGCGUGACGAUGGGCGGCGCGGCGCGGGAGGACCGGCGUCCCUGGUGGCGCGCCAUGUUCGCCGGCGGAGAUGUUCAGGAGCCAGUCGUCGGGGAGGAGAGCUGAUGGGAGCCUGAGCAGCGCGGCAGCCACGAACCCAUGAGUUCAUCCGGCAAUGGCACGCGUCCCCGCCUCCGCUCCAGCGCCAUGAGGGGACUCGCCCUGCUGUGGUCGCUGUGGCCUCUGCUUGUGCGGGCUUCACGGCCGGGUGAUCACCACGGCGCAGGCGCUGCCGGGUCACGGCAGUUGACCGGGGUGCCGGCGCGGGCCCCCGCGCGGUACGGCAGGGACUACGUGGGGCGGUAUGCUGACAGAGCCCGGCUGCCGGCGUCACAGGGCUGGGCCACCGCCGUUGGAGCGACCCGCCAGUCCGGAGACGGGAGUGCGUCUCUGGAAGGACCGCCUUGGGGCGCUAUGACCGCGGGUGCUGGACUUCCUGAGGUGCAGGGGUCGGGACCCGGCGGUCUCGGGGCUUCUCUGAAGACGAUCCUGUCUGGUGAUGAAACACGGACGGGUGCUACCAAGGACGCUAGCGAGCUCGGUGGCAUCGUGGAAACGCGCCGCGAUUCCACAACCGAGUUGCUGAGCCCUUUCUCUACACUUUCAGCACAGAUGCCUGGGUCAGGCACGGGCACGGAGAAGACGUUAGUGAUUGCGCCCAGUAGUGUUGCUCUGCCUCAGAUCCGAUCGAAGCAAGUCGAGGGGACGGCACUGGUGAGGGAAGAUGUCCUCAUCGCCCACAAUUCUUCCACCGAUAGUCAGACCAUCCCCAGAGAGCAGUCAGUUACCCCCGUUGGCUCGCAGGUCGCCGCCAGAGGGCAGCGAGUUGCCUCCAGAAGAUCGUCCACCUCUCCCAGCCGCCCUCAAAUUCCGCUCAGCGGCAUCUACCGCCUGUCGAGCAGCCCACUGGACUUCUCCGGCGCUUGGCCCGCGCUCAGAGGCCGGGCGACGUCGCUGUCCGCCCGGGGCUCGUCGAACUCAACCCAGGCACGGACUGGCGUCUACGGUUCCGUGUUUCCGCUGCUGGACAGCGUGCUGACCUUCCUCGGCUACCUGGCGUUCGCCACCUUCGCCGCCCUCCUCCUGAUGAACAUCAUCAACAACAACAACGGCGGCGGCGGUGGCGGACGCGAUGUUGGCACCACGGACAGCGCCGGCCAAUGGCUGGAGGCUGCCGGGAACGCGGAGGCGUUCAUCAGGUCCGGAGCUUGGCUCGCCCGAGAGAUGAGGAUCCUCGUGACGGACAGUGCAGAGCAAGGACGAGAAAUAAACAGGACGCGCACCGAGCGAGCGGGAGAGAAGAGAUCGUGAGUGUUGGUCGAGGCGCGUGAGCGGAGGCAAAUGACCGCGCAACGUGCAGCCUGUGUCAUUUUGUGACUAUAUUAUUUAAGGCGUUAUAAUGUAGGUGAGUGGAUUAAAUGUACAGAUACAGCCUGAGUGUACCACUUAAUGUGUUAUAAUGUAGGUAAGUCGAUUUAGUGUACGGGCGCAGCCUGAGCUAUGAGUUACACUUUGACCUAGUUGAAGAUGGCAUUGCUAAGAUCGUUCUAGAAUGUGCAAACUGCGUGUUUGAAGCUUAUCAUCGGUUUGUAAGAAGAAAUUGAUUGUCUGGCUGAUAGGGAAUUCAUUACGUCUCAUUUUUUGCAAGCGGCAAUACAUCGUACGUUUCGAA